AAGCUACGAUCGGUUUCCUUUACUCAUCAUACUGUGUGGCGCUCUGGUUAACAACCAUCCUCUUAUCUUCUUCUCCAUCUCUAACACCCACAUCAAUGGCUGCACCACGUAUCACGACGCCGGUCACAACCAACACCUCCACCCCUUUUCACCACUCACUUUCAUCCCCCUCUUUCUCCACCUCUCCUUUUCCAAAAACCCCUCAUCCCUUUCCAACAAUAACCAUCUUUACACCCCACAAACUCCACAGAAACACUAACUUUUCAACUUCAGUUUCAGGAAUCUGGGAUGCCAUUACAGGAGGAGCUGAUUCAUCUCGCCAAGCAUUAAUUGCUAUUCGACGAGGAAUGGUCCUGUUCCGACAGGGUGAUGUAGCGGGAUCUGUAGCAGAGUUUGAUAACGCAAUGAAACUUGAUCCUCGCCAAAAGGCAUAUCUUUGGCAGAGAGGGCUCUCAUUGUACUACCUUGAUAGGUUUGAAGAAGGGGCAGAGCAAUUCAGGAUAGAUGUAGCACAAAAUCCAAACGACACUGAGGAGUCAAUUUGGUGUUUUCUUUGUGAAGCUCAACUAUAUGGAGCUGCCGAAGCUAGAAAAAAAUUUCUUGAGGUUGGUAGAGAUCCUAGACCUGUGAUGAGAGAUGCUUAUAACAUGUUCAGAGAUGGCGGUGACCCGGAAAAGCUUGUUGAUGCGUUUUCUAAGGGUCGAGAAAGCGAGUAUUUUUAUGCUUCCUUGUAUGCCGGCCUUUACUACGAAUCUCAGAAUGAAGCUGACAAGGCGAAGGUUCACAUUGUCGCUUCAUGUAAAUCGCCUUAUGGUCAAAGGUCUGAUGAUUAUAUGGCUUCCUUGGCUAAGGUCCAUUGCCUAUGUCGAAACUGGGAGUUGUAAUACUUGUAGAUCAAAUACAUAUAAACUAUGUACUAUGAAAAAGGUGUAAAUACCCUUAAAAGAUUUGUUAAGCCUUAAAAAAAUUUAUAUUUUUUGUUCUU